AUGCUUCCAGAAGAUAACACGUUACCUAAUCGCAACUAUGAGGCAAAAAAGAUACUAUUUCCAAUAGGUUUGGAGUAUAAGAAGAUACAUGCGUGCCCUAAUGGUUGUGUAUUGUAUACAAAUGAUUUUGCUACAUUGAAAGUGUGUCCGACAUGUGGAUUGUCGCGGUUCAAAAAGAAAACUGAUGGAAGUAGUGGUGAAGAAGAAAUAGAGGGUCCCCUUGCUAAGGUCUUAUGGUAUUUGCCAAUAAUACCUAGGUUUAAAAGAUUGUUUGUCAUUAAAAACCUCACAUGGCAUGAAAAUGGUAGAAAAUGUGACAAAUUUCUUCGACAUCCAGUUGAUUUUCCGCAAUGGAAGAGGAUUGAUGAAACAUUUACAAAAUUUGGUGCAGAGUCAAGAAACUUGAGAAUUGGUCUAGCUAUAGAUGGCAUGAAUCCUUAUGGGAACUUAAGUAGUAAACACAGUUCAUGGCCAGUUUUGUUGGUCAUUUACAAUUUGCCUCCUUGGCUAUGCAUGAAGAGAAAAUAUAUUAUGUUGUCUAUGAUGAUAUCAGGACCCCGACAACCAGGAAAUGACAUAGAUGUGUAUCUUAGUCCAUUGAUUGAUGACUUGAAAAUGUUGUGGGAGACAGGAGUGGAGGUCUUUGAUGCAUAUCGUGAAGAAAAAUUUACCAUGCGUGCAAUGUUAUUUUGCACAAUAAAUGAUUUUCCAGCAUAUGGUAACUUGAGUGGGUAUAGUGUGAAGGGUCAUUAUGCAUGUCCUAUAUGUGAAGAAAACACAAGUUAUACCCAAUUGAAACAUGGGCAAAAGACUGCGUACACUAGGCAUCGUAAGUUUCUUGUUCGUAGUCAUCCAUACCGUAGAUUGAAGAAAGCAUUCAAUGGAUGUCAGGAGGAUGAAAUUGCCUCGACACCGCGCAAUGGUGAAGAAGUAUAUCAACAGGUGAAGAACAUUAACAUUGUGUUCGGAAAGACGCAAAAGAAGUCAACUGAGAGAAAUAUCUGGAAGAAACGAUCAAUAUUCUUUAAUCUUCCUUAUUGGUGCAAGCUAGAUGUUAGACACUGUAUAGAUGUGAUGCAUGUGGAGAAAAAUGUUUGUGAUAGUGUAAUUGAGACAUUUCUAAACAUCAAAGGAAAGACUAAAGAUGGAGUGAAAGCACGACAAGAUUUGGUGGACAUGGGUAUACGUUCUGAGUUACAUCCUCGUGUGAAAGUUCCACAAGGGUACUCCUCAAAUGUUAAGAGUCUGGUGUCUAUGAAAGAUUUGAAGUUAAUUGGUUUAAAGACUUACGAUUUUCAUAUCUUAAUGCAACAACUUUUGCCUGUGGCUAUUCGUAGCAUUUUACCAUCUUCUGUUAGAAUUGCUAUUACUCGAUUGUGUUUAUUCUUCAAUACCAUUUGCAACAAAGUAAUUGACUCUCUAAAGUUAGAUGAGUUAGAAAAUGAAGCAAUCACAAUCUUGUGUCAAUUGGAAAUGUAUUUUCCACCUUCAUUUUUUGAUAUCAUGGUGCAUUUGAUAGUUCAUUUGGUUAGGGAGAUUCGAUUGUGUGGCUCGAUUUAUCUUAGAUGGAUGUACCCUAUUGAGAGAUACAUGAAGAUCUUAAAAGGAUAUGUCAAGAAUCAAUAUCGCCCAGAAGCCUCUAUUGUGGAGAGGUACAUUGCAGAAGAAGCCAUUGAGUUUUGUUCAGGGUACAUGUCGAAAUCAGAACCAAUAGGAAUUCCUAAGACUCGACAUGAUGGGAAACAUUUUGGUAAGGGUACUCAAAGUUUAAAGAUUAGAACUGUGAGUCAAACAGAAGUUGACCAAGCACAUUUGUACAUAUUGAAUAACACUGAUGAAGUAAUUCCUUACAUAUCGCAACACAUACAUGAAAUCAAGAUAGCACACCCCCGAAUGAAUGAGAAAUGGGUAUUGAAUGAACAUAACAAGAGUUUCUUAGCUUGGUUUAAGAAAAAGGUUUACGAUGAGGUUAAUGCUUCUAAUACACUUUUGAGACUCACUCGUGGGCCUAACAACGAUGUCAUUACAUUUGGUGGGAUUAUGGUAGAUUUGGGGUCUAGCAGUGGAAGGAGGGAAGGUAGAUCUGUCACCCGAUUGUCUAGGUUGACAGCUGGACGCAUUGCCAAGGAGAAGACACCGGUUGAGGUGGAUCCUCGUUCUGGCAAGACAUCAGGCCCAAAUGCUACCAAGUUUAGGAGCUAUUUGGGAGUCCUAGCUUAA